GCAAGAUGAAUAAAAUAAAAGUCUUUCUUUGAGUUCAGCCGUUCAUUUUAGUUUAACUUUGUGUUUCCUGUUUGUCAGCUCUGCCCGCAAGUACCACUGCAGUACAGACCACAUGUGGAGGAAGUGAUGUCAUGGAAAAUAGACCUACAGUGUCCAAGAUGUGGAGUACACCUGUCCAGCAGGAGCAGCAGGUAAACAGUCUGCUGACUGUCAUUGGAUGUGCAGUUAGAGCGUUCUUCAUCACCUUCAUACUUGGAACACUGCUGACUGCUGCUUACGGUCAGUACACACAGAAACAUGGGUUUGUCAUAUUUUUAUCUGAUAUCAUCUGAGAUUGAAUUGAAUGACCCUGUCUGGCCAAAUCAAAAGACUACAACAUUAGUAUCAUCUGAUCAUUGUGACACUUUAUUAAUUUCUCAGUUUCAAAGAAAGCACAGUCUGCCACAGUUUUGAGGACUAAUUCAAGACCAAAAACUGGCAGGAGGCUCAGCCAAUCAGUGGAAGAGGAGGAGGGCAGCCCUGUGUAGAGAUUUCAAUAAUAAAGUUGUAUUCUUCAGUUAUUUAAUUGUGACUUUUACUACCAAACACACAUCAAUCAAUUAAAAUCAUUCAAAAAUGUAAAUGAUAAAAAAAGAGCUGGUAAUAAAUAAAGUUACACGACUUUUACUCAUUGAGUUCAUUUGUAUACAUAUACACACAUACACAGUACAGGACUGAAAUGUCAUUAAAUAAGACAGUUUUACAUGGUGGAGUGCUGAGGAUAAAUUUAAAGCAGUCUGUCAUCAUCAGGAUGAAGAGUACAUUCUAUUGCCGCUGCUAUACGUACUAUAUGUAUACUGCUAUAUGUCAUGACCCUAAGUUGCAUUAAAAUCCACGUCCCUCCGGGAGGCGGCCCCGGGGAAGACCCAGGACACGCUGGAGGGACUAUGUCCCAGGGAGAAGUGGCCAGGGAGAGGGAAGUCUGGGCUUCCCUGCUGAAGCUGCUGCCCCCGCGACCCGAAUCCGGAUAAAGCGGGAGGAGAUGGACGGAAGGACUAAAUGUAACAAAAUUUAAAUGACUGAAUGUAAUAAAACCAUAUUUACACAAGAAAUAGAAAGAAAUUGGACGGAUUGCAGAGAAUAAAAAACUCUGAGACACUCAGUUUAACUCAUGAUAGAAACUACAAUGUACUGAUAUCAGGAAGUAGAAGUAGAAACAAGCCCAGCCACAGACCACUAAUUCUGAACUUAUCAUAGAAACUAAAAUGUACUGAUACUGGUGUAUGCUUCAGGUCAAUAAGAAAGUAAUAUAAACCUAAGAAGAAAACAUGAACAGUGAGAAAUUAGGUCCUUUAUUCAUUUAGUUGAAUACGAUGUGAGGCACAGCUGCAUCAUCUGUUUUACAUUUUGUGACCUCUGUCAGAUGAAUACAGUGUUCAGAAUAACUUUUAUAUUCACUGUUCAUCAGUAAAUAGUCAUACGUGUGCCAGUACAUAGUCAUAGUCCUGCUGUUUGUUGAGUUAUCAGUUUCUCUUUAAUAUGUUUGUUUUGUGACUUGUGUUUAUGUAUGUGUUUUAAUAUAUCUAUUAAAAUGACUUAUUGACUUAGCUUAAUCUUUUUUUUACAGUGUAGAGUGCAGUGUUGAUGACUUAGCAGGUUAAUUGUUUGUGUGACAGUGAAAGUUUCAGUUUGACUAUGAAGACUUUAAGCAAGAUUAUGCUGCUUCUGCUCCUCACAGGUACUUUAACUUUAUUUAAACUUUUUAACUUUAUUUAGAUUUUAUAUAAAUAUAAGUAGAAAUUGUGUCUUUCGUGUAAUUACUUCAUAUGAGAGAGAGAUCGAACAGACAAAUAAAGGAAGAAUUACAGCAACAAUUCAAUGCUUCUGCUUGUAUUACUGAUAAAUAUUAGCUAUAUUAAUAAUAUUAACUUAUCUGUCUUCACAGUCAGCAAAUGUGGCAGGACAGUUGUGGUUGGUCAUGGCGGUCAGAGUGUCACUCAGUCAUGUAAAUAUGACAUAAAGAACAACAACCCUACAAUGAUCUGUUGAGGUCAAGGAAAUCUUCCAUUAUCAGGCUGUACCAGCAGGCUCAUCUUCACAGACUGAAUACUGAACGCAUCACAGUCACAGAUGCUGGACAGUACAGACGCAGUGUAAUUUAAAUAAUCACCAAAACUGUGGAGAUUUAUUUUGUAUAUUUUCUUUAAAUAACACAUUGUGAUUAUAUCUCCCAAAAAUUAAUUACUUCAGCUGUACGGUCAUUUUGUACAGUGUAGAAUGGAGCACAGGUUAAAUAUGUGUUGGUCGGAAAUGUGGUAGUUUCAGUUUCAUCAUGAAGAGUGUAACCAGGAUGCUGCUGCUGCUGCUGCUGCUCCUCGCAGUCAGUGAAUGUGGCAUCCUCACAGUUUCUGUUGUUGGACAUGAAGGUCAAAGUGUCACUCUGUCAUGUAAAUAUGACAUCAAGCAUCACAAACCGCAAUCAAUCUGUUGGGGUCGAGGAGAUCUUCCAAACACAGGUGGCUGUAAAAACCAGCUUAUCUCCACAGACGGAUACAAAGUGAAAACAAGAGUUUCCAGCAAGUAUCGGUUACAGGGUCGACUGGAUGAAGGUGAUGUUUCUCUGACAAUAUUGAGGGUCACAGAUCCCGAUGCUGGACGGUACGGAUGUAGAGUGCACCAAUCUGGAUUGUUCAAUGAUGAAAAACAUCACAUUGAUUUGAUCAUCGAAGGAGCUCUCCCCACAAAAACUAUCACAGUACUGACGACAUGGAGAGGAAGUGGUGUCACAAGCAAUGGACCCACAAAGUCCACGGUGACACAGCUUCAGGAGACGGGGAGUACACCUGUCCAGCAGGAGCAGCAGGUAAACAGACUGCCGAGCAUCAUUGGAAAUGCAGUGAGAGCGUUCUUCAUCACCUUCAUACCUACAACACUGCUGACUGCUGCUUAUGUUUCAAAGAAACGACAGUCUGCCACAGUUUUGAGGACUAAUUCAAGAACAGAAACUGGCAGGAGGCUCAGCCAAUCAGUGGAAGAAGAGGAGGAGGACAGCCCUGUGUAGAGAUUUCCGGAACCAGAGGAGCCCUUGAGCAAGGCACCGAACCCCCCUACUGCUCGCUGCUCUGCGUUGCCGCCAAUCAAUCCAUCAUCUCUCUCCACAUUGCAUGUCUAUGAGCCCUUGUAUGUGUGUGUGGUUGUAUUUCGGGGGUUAAAAUGCAUGUAAAUAAACGGAGUGAAAAAAUUCUUUCCCCUUUGAGGGAUUAAUAAAGUAUCUCUUCCUCUUCUUCUCUAAAAACAGACUUGAAAUAUUUGCACAAAGUCUGAAUAUGUCAACAUAAAUUUUU